UCUGACUCAGACUUUCAAACUCCAGAGUUGACCAAGUCUCCCCUCAGCUCCCUAAAUUCCGAACUUUCACCCGGUUGCAGACCAAGCCCAAACCACCACCAUCUCACUAGCUGUCACCGCCGGCGUUGACUCAACCCACCUCAGUCACUGGGGCACUUUCAGCAAUCAUCGUAUUCCUCAAACCUCUCAAGCCUUCCAUUUUCAUUUCAUCAUCCAGUUCAAUCAACCACCUGAUGAUCAUGGCAUAAUUUGUUCCGUUGUGUUUCAAAUUCUUGCAAUUCUUUCGACCUCAAUUAGGCCUGAUUUCUGGGUUGAUUAGUUCUUUUUGCUGGUGAAGCUGCUAGCUGUAGAAGAAAAAACAAAAACGGAGGGUUGGUGAGAUUAAAGAGGACUCUGUAACUACAAAGUCUUGCUGAUGUAUAAAGGUGGUUUCAAAGGUGUCCUACUCACCGGCCCUGAAACGGAAAAACAUCCCAAUCGUGAUAUCUUUUAUUUGGACAUAACAGAGGAUGAUGAUAAUGAUGGUGUCUCAGCCCAUAUUUCACAUCACCAAACCAUGAAUCUACCCAAAGGGAUGAGAUCCACAGUUCCUGUUAAUGGCCUAGUAUGUUGGUACAAUGGCAUUCAUUCGAUUAUCUACAAUGUUGCCACAAGAGAAACCAUGGUUCUUCCUGUUUCAGUUUGGGAUUCUGAGUUCUGUGAUUACUAUCUUGGUUAUCAUCCCUCUGACAACAUAUACAAGGUACUUAAGACCUGCCCUGUCUACAACCGUCAGAGUCGCGAUUUCAGGCACUACACGAAUAGCGAGAUUCUAACUGUUGGUGUUGAUUCGUCGUGGAGAAGCAUUGAUCCUGUUCCUUGUCAUUUAAGAACUUUUGCUUAUUGCAAAAACGGAGUUCUACAUUGGGCUGAUCAAGGAAAAACAGAAGGCCAUCUUCUUAGCUUUGAUCUUGAUCAAGAGAAAUUCCAAUUUUUCGAUAUCCCUUUCAGAUGGCUCUCCUAUUCAUGGUUGUUUGGACCAAAUGCAGUUCUGGCGUCCUGGUAUCUUAGGCAACCUGGAACUGGAUACAGGAAGGUAACAGUUUUACUUUACUUUGAGGAUCUUCAUCAUAUUCGCAAAGGCGGGCAAAACUCCUCAAUAGGGCCCUGGACAAAACAUGAAAUUGAUGCAUCAAUAUCAGAAGAGCUUCAAAGUUUCAGGCCAGUUAGUACACUCUCAAAUGGGAAGGUAAUUUUCAUCCACAAUUCCGCUUGGGCUUGGAAUUCUCUGGUGCCCUUUUAUAUAUAUGAUCAAACAGAGAGGGAGCUGAAGAAAUGUUUCAUAUCGGAAUCGAAUUCAUCCUCCGUCGCAGCAGAACACAUUGUUGACACCAGUCGAUUUGAAAAUGCGUUUUAUUAUGAGGAGAAUAUCAUCCCAUUAAGCUAUUUAGGUUCCGGGUAUUGUUCUCAAUAGAGUUUAUAUUUGUAAUGCUAGAUUUGUUGAAUUGUUGUCUUCGUGUCGAAUGAUUGUUAUUCCCUCCAUCCUAAAAUUACUGUCUAAUUAUAAUUUUCAUAUUUAGUACAAAUUGAACUAAAAAUGAAAAUUCAAAUUAGGCAACGAUUUUAGAACAGAGGGAGUAUUACCUUUUGUUUGCAUGAUAUCAUAAUAGGUUUAAGUGGAACUUAUGCAAUCUUCUGCGCCCAAAUUGGGGAUGUAACCAAUCGACUUCCAGUGUUUAUAUAAUCUUUCCAAUUUUACCCAGAAAAG